AUGGUCUCCGGAGGCGGUGGCGAAGGUAGCGAUAAGGUUCGCGAUGGAGCAGCUUCGUCAAGCCAUCGCGUUGAUCAGAGCCUUCACACGACAAAUCACCGCGGAGAAAAAGCUCAAUCGUCGGCAAGUAAACCACUAAGGUCACAUAAUCAGCCGCAAAACCACGGCGGUGGCACGGAGUCCGUGAGCAAAGCUAUACAACAGUACACCGUCGACGCGAGGCUUCACGCCGUCUUCGAACAAUCCGGUGAGUCCGGCAAGUCGUUCGAUUACUCACAGUCCCUUAAAACGACGACGUUUUGCUCAUCCGUACCGGAACAGCAGAUCACUGCUUAUCUCUCACGGAUCCAACGCGGCGGCUAUAUCCAGCCUUUCGGAUGUUUGAUCGCCGUCGAGGAAUCAACCUUCACCAUUAUCGGUUACAGUGAAAAUGCGCGGGAAAUGCUAGGGCUCAUGUCACAAUCGGUCCCAAACAUGGAGGAGACGUCGGAGGUUUUAGCCAUCGGCACGGAUUUGCGAUCUCUGUUCAAGCCAUCGAGCAUCGUUCUCCUCGAACGAGCGUUCGUGGCUCCUGAAAUCACGCUCUUGAAUCCGACUUGGAUUCACUCUAAGAACAAUGGUAAGCCUUUUUAUGCGAUUCUCCACAGGGUAGACGUAGGAAUCGUGAUCGAUUUAGAGCCAGCUAGAACCGAAGACCCUGCGCUUUCAAUCGCCGGUGCGGUCCAAUCUCAGAAACUCGCGGUCCGUGCGAUUUCACAUUUACAAUCGCUUCCUGGAGGCGAUAUUAAGCUUCUAUGUGACACUGUUGUGGAAAGUGUGAGAGAUCUCACUGGCUACGACCGUGUUAUGGUGUACAAGUUUCAUGAAGACGAACACGGUGAGGUCGUAGCGGAGAGUAAACGUGACGAUUUAGAACCUUACAUUGGUCUGCAUUAUCCGGCUACUGAUAUUCCUCAGGCAUCUCGGUUCUUGUUCAAGCAGAACCGUGUUAGGAUGAUCGUUGAUUGCCAUGCUUCACCGGUUCGUGUGGUCCAAGAUGAUAGGCUCACGCAGUCUAUAUGCUUGGUUGGUUCGACUCUACGAGCUCCUCAUGGUUGUCACGCUCAAUACAUGGCUAACAUGGGCUCUAUUGCGUCAUUAGCUAUGGCAGUGAUAAUUAAUGGGAACGAAGAAGACGGGAACGGUGUUAAUUUUGGAGGAAGAAACGCGAUGAGGCUUUGGGGAUUAAUCGUUUGCCAUCACACAUCGGCUCGUUGCAUACCUUUUCCUCUAAGGUACGCUUGCGAGUUUCUGAUGCAAGCUUUCGGUUUACAGCUAAACAUGGAGUUGCAGUUAGCGUUGCAAGUGUCUGAGAAACGAAUUCUGAGAAUGCAGACUUUGUUAUGCGAUAUGCUUCUGCGUGAUUCCCCUGCUGGGAUUGUCACACAGAGUCCUAGUAUCAUGGAUUUAGUUAAAUGUAACGGUGCGGCCUUUCUUUACCGAGGGAAGUAUUAUUCGUUAGGUGUGGCUCCGACUGAGGCUCAGAUAAAUGACAUUGUGGAGUGGUUGCUUGCUAACCAUUCUGAUUCAACGGGGUUAAGCACGGAUAGUUUAGGCGAUGCAGGAUAUCCUCGGGCAGCUGCUUUAGGGAAUGCUGUGUGCGGUAUGGCUGUUGCGUAUAUCACAAAAAGGGACUUCCUUUUCUGGUUCCGAUCUCAUACCGAGAAAGAAAUCAAAUGGGGAGGAGCUAAGCACAAUCCUGAGGACAAAGAUGAUGGCCAGAGGAUGAACCCGCGUUCUUCGUUCAAGGCUUUUCUCGAAGUUGUUAAGAGCCGUUGUCAGCCAUGGGAAACUGCUGAAAUGGAUGCGAUUCACUCGCUGCAGCUUAUUCUAAGAGACUCUUUCAAAGAGUCCGAAGCGAUGGACUCUAAAGCCGCUGCAGCUGGGGCGGUUCAGCCACAUGGACAGGAUAUGGCAGAACAAAGGAUUGAGGUAAUAGGUGCAGUUGCGAGAGAGAUGGUUAGGCUCAUUGAGACUGCGAUGGUCCCUAUAUUUGCUGUGGACAUGGACGGCUGCAUCAAUGGGUGGAACGCCAAGAUCGCUGAGCUGACUGGUCUUUCUGUUGAAGAUGCUAUGGGAAAGUCUCUGGUUCGUGAUUUGAUAUACAAAGAGUACGAAGAGACAGUUGAUAGGCUUCUUUCUCGUGCUCUCAAAGGGGACGAAGGCAAGAAUGUGGAGGUCAAGCUGAAAAUUUUCAGUUCCGAGCUGCAAGGGAAAGCAGUGUUUGUGGUUGUCAACGCAUGUUCGAGCAAGGACUACUUAAACAACAUCGUUGGGGUCUGCUUUGUGGCACAAGACGUUACUGGUCAGAAAAUUGUUAUGGACAAAUUCAUCAACAUACAAGGCGACUACAAGGCCAUCAUCCAUAGCCCAAACCCGCUGAUCCCUCCGAUCUUUGCAGCUGAUGAGAACACUUGCUGCCUGGAAUGGAACACCGCAAUGGAAAAGCUCACAGGCUGGCCUCGCAGCGAAGUGAUUGGAAAAUUGCUUGUUAGGGAAGUGUUUGGUAGCUGUUGCAGACUAAAGGGUCCUGAUGCAUUGACUAAGUUCAUGAUCGUUUUGCAUAAUGCGAUUGGUGGCCAAGACACGGAUAAAUUCCCGUUCCCGUUUUUUGACCGCCAAGGGAAAUUCAUUCAGGCUCUCCUGACUUUGAACAAAAGAGUCAGCUUCGAUGGUCAGGUCACUGGGGCUUUCUGUUUCUUACAGAUACCGAGUCUCGAGCUGCAGCAAGCUCUAGAGAUCCAGAGGAGGCAAGAGAGCGAAUGCUUCUCAAGGGGGAAAGAGUUGGCUUACAUUUUCCAAGUGAUAAAGAAUCCAUUGAGCGGUUUGCAUUUCACAAAUUCAUUGUUGGAAACCACAGACUUGAACGAGGACCAAAAGCAGUUUCUUGAAACAAGUGUUUCAUGCGAGAAGCAGAUCUCAAAGAUUGUAGGAAACAUGGACGCCAAAAGCAUUGAAGACGGUUCGUUUGAGUUAGAUAGAACAGAGUUCUUCAUUAGCAGCGUCAUAAACGCAGUGGUAUGCCAAGCCAUGGUGGUGGUGAGAGAUAGAAAUCUUCAGCUGAUUCGUAACAUUCCAAUGGAAGUCAAAUCCAUGGCUGUUUAUGGUGACCAGAUAAGGAUCCAACAAGUUUUGGCUGAAUUUCUACUAAGUAUUGUUCGUUAUGCACCUACCGGAGGCUCUGUGGAACUCCAUCUACAUCCGGUUCUGAAACAACUGGCUGACGGGUUCUCUGCUAUACGCAUGGAGUUCAGAAUGGCGUGUGCAGGGGAAGGUGUGCCGCCGGAGAAAGUGCAAGACAUGUUCCAGAGUAGCCGGUGGACGAGUCCAGAAGGAUUAGGGCUAAGCGUUUGCAGAAAGAUACUGAAGCUAAUGAACGGAGAGGUUCAGUACAUAAGGGAAUUCGAACGCUCUUAUUUCCAAAUCGUUCUCGAGCUACCGGUUCCUCUGAAACAGUCGACCACCCCUUUUAGCAGUGAGUGA